GUAUACAAAUGGAAAAUCGAAAUAUCGCUAUGUCUGUGCUGUCACCUUUAAGAAACUGGGGGUCAUGCUUUGAAGGCGUUACCGGAAGACUGUCAUUUGCUGCGAAUAGCGAGUGUUUCAUCAGGCAAUACUAGCAUGCUGUAGAAACCUGAUACAGUUCCCAUGCAGAGUACAUGUAAUGUUAUUAAUGCCUUCGUGAAAUCAAGAAGUGCGUAUCACAAUGCCCCUUUAACAAAAAAAAUGUGCAAAGAGCUGAAGACUAAAGUGUUACGUUUGUUACCGCCGACAGUCAAUGGCUUGACCGGCCAGCAUGAGGACACACCGGACAGACACCCAGAUGGUGCUGAAAUCCUGGAUGCAACCGUCCAAUCUCUGAAGGAGGGUCAGGUGGUGGCUUUGCCAACUGACACAAUAUAUGGCUUGGCUUGUCUGGCGCAAAACUCUGAUGCCAUCAAACGGGUGUAUGAAAUCAAAGGACGAAAUGGUCAAAAACCGCUGGCUAUUUGCGUUGGGGAAAUACAGGACAUAUACAAGUACUGUAAGGUGUCAGUCAAAGAGGAGCUUCUGGAGGAGCUUCUACCUGGUCCUGUCACUCUGGUUCUGCAGAGGUCUACGGUGUUAAACACAGACCUGAAUCCCUUCACUCCGCUGGUAGGUGUGCGCAUCCCUAACCAUCCCUUCAUGAGGCGUCUGUGCCAGCUGUGUGCAGAGCCCCUGGCUCUUACCAGCGCCAACAUCAGCACACACUCCAGCACUGUGGCUGUGCACGAGUUCCAGGACCUGUGGCCUCGUUUAGCUGUGGUAGUUGAUGGGGGACCAAUAGGAGACCAUAGUCGGUUAGGGUCAACAGUGAUUGACCUAUCAGUGUUUGGAAAAUACCGUAUCAUCAGACCUGGCUGUGCUUUUUCUGCCACUGUGGAUUUGCUGGAGCGUAAAUAUGGACUGCUGGAGGACACAGAAAAUCAAUGAGGAUUUGUUCCUACUCACUGGCUGAAAUGCACAAGCAGCUAUAUACCUCUGUGAUUUUGACAAUACAUCAAAUGAUGGAAUGUGGGUUUCUUCUUUUCCCUGUGCAUUCACAUGGGCGUAGUUUGCGGUUCCUCUCCUCAACUACAUUGUACAGUGGCAUGUAAUAUAAAAUAACAGCUUCUAUUGAUAUUUGCUUAUGUUAACAAUAAAUUCCUGAAAUACUUUUUAAAUUAACUUUUUUUCCAUUAAAAACUGAUUUGAGUA